AUGCCACGUCUUAAUGCCAUUCUUCAUCCAAGUAUUGUUGAUUGUAGUACUCUCAAAGAAUUAACAUUACGUUGGCAACCUAUACGAUAUACAAAACGACCACAUAAACAAAUGAUGCAUCGAGCACGUGAUGAUAUAAAAGAAUCAAUUAAUGAACUUACUCAUUAUCGACAACAUAAUUUUUAUUUUGGUUAUCAUACUAUUCGAAAUCCACCUUAUGUACCUGCACCAGUUCUUUCUAAUCCACGUACUCAUCUUGUUUGGUUAAAAACUGAUUCUGAUGAAGUCAAUCAUAUAUAUGUGAUUAUAACCGAUGGAAAUCUUAAUAUUUUAAAAGAUCUAUAUGUUGAUAUGACUAAUAAAAGCAAUCAUUAUUCUUUAUUAGUUGGUUUUUUACAAAAAAAUAUUUUAGUUAAUCGAAGUUCUCCUAUUUGUGGUCAAUCUGUUUAUAUAGAUCGUGCAAGAAUACAACGUGUUGUACCAGAAUUUCUUACAUGUUGUCAUUAUCGAAGUAUUGAUGUAGAUGUUUUAAAUGUUCUUUGUCGAAGAUGGGCUAAGAAAGUCUACGAAAAUCGACCAAUAAUAUCAACUGAUUCGAAUAAUCUUAUAGCAGAACUUCAAGGAUCAAUUCAAUUGUUACAAUAUUAUCGUGCGAAUAUAUGUUGGAUGGCUUUACAUAAAUUAUCAAAACCGAAAACAUUUCAUGUUGAUUAUUGUGGUUGUACAGCAGCGGCAUUACUUUUAAAUGAUCAAAUAAUACGAGAUGCAAUUGAUGUUAUUCGUAAGGAAAAAACAAAACGUGAUUUUGUUAAAACAACAGUUACAAUAUCAAAAGAUGGUGUAAAAAUUAUUUAUAAUAAUGAACAAAAAUUUUCUACAAGUGUACCAUCAUCAAUGAUUGCUGGUUCAACUGUAGGUAAAUCAUCUUUACAUGAUACUGUUGGUGUUGUAUAUAUUUCACCAUUGACUGGUCAACAUUAUCCAGCAUUUGUUCAUGUUUAUCGAUGUGAUUCAUCACGUACUGCUCAAAAAUUUCUAUCUCGUUUACGUGCAUAUAUGCUUAUUGAAAGUCAUCGUCUUCAAAUUAUUCAAUUAGAACAACAUCUACUUAAUCGUAAAUUAUUAAAUAUAGAUCGUUUUAAUGCAGUUCAAACACAAAAAACUGAUACAGGUGUAUCUUCAUCAUCAGCAGCAAGUAGUGAUAGUCGACAAGAAAAUAUAAUUACUAAUCCAAUGAAAUCAAUAACAGAAGAAUUACAAAGAAAAAUUGAAUCAAAUGAACCUAUUCUAUUUCCACCUAAAGAUUAUGAUACAGUACAUGCUAAUCAUGGUAAUAUUCAACGAGCACAAGCAUGGAAAAGUACAGAGCCGACGAUUGUUGGUUAUACAACAGUUGAUCCAGAUGAUAAUAGAAUACGUCAACAUGUACAAGCAAAUUCUCAUUCAACUACUGAUGAUCAUAAAAACAAUCAUGUUCUUGAGAAUCGUAUUGCAAGACCACAGUUAUCUUCUCAUAAAAGUGAUGCUACAGUUGAUCCCGUAGAAACUGUUAGUAUUGCUUUUGAUUUUCUCAAAGAUGAAACAGAUUCAGUUUUUACUGAUCAUGAUGGUAACAUUGAACCUAUGGAAAAUCAACAACAAAAUAGACCACCUAUUUAUCGCUACCGACCACCACCGAUUACUGCUAUGAAUAAAAAAUUGUUUCCUCGAAAUAAUAAUUAUGAAUUAACAAGUAAUGUUUUACAAUCAAAUUCAUCGUCACGAAAUGAUGUAAAUACACAUCAUAACAAUAAUAAUAAUAAUAAUCAUUAUUCUUCUCAGUAUCACUUACAAAAUGGACAUAAAACUCCUUCUGAAACACGUUUAUAUCAUGAUCAACAACGUAAUAUGUAUCUCAGUCCUCAUUAUGAACAUCGUCUCGUAAAUGGUAGUGGUCUUCCAAUUACAACCAAUCCACUCUGGACAUCUACAUCAUCUCUCAUAGCCGGUUCUCAACCAAAUCUAUUAUCAUAUCAAAAUGGUGUUGAUUCUACACCUUUUCAUCGUCAAUCAAAUGCACAAAUGAAUGGACGACUACCUCCUACAAAUUUACAAAAUUCUCUUUAUUCGAGUUAUCCAGAUAAUCGAUCGGAAAUGUUGAUACCUAGACAAAAAUCAUCAAUACCAGCUCAACAACAACAACAACUUAAUAGAAAACAAAAAACACAAUCACAAUACUUUGAAACAAAUGAGUUUAUUUUAUGUUCAUCUGACGGUCAACCAUUGAGACAUUCACAAUAUCCUAAUCGACAUAUUACAAAAGAUUAUAGACCUCAUUCAAUGAAUGUGAAUGGUACUUCACUUGAUGUAUACUAUUGA